UACAAUAUAUUUAUCUUUAAUUGUUAUUUCACAGUUCCUCCAGAAAUUACUGACCAACCAGAGCCAAAGCCUUUACUUGCCAUCGGAGAAAACCAUACUUUGACCUGCAAUGCAUCUGGAGACCCUCUUCCCAAUAUUUCUUGGACAAAAGAUGGCAUUCCUGUGGAUAGGUUUUAUGUGACAGGUUAUCAGCUUUAUUUGUUCAACGUGAAGUUGGAGGAUGUAGGAUCGUACAGAUGUACAGCUAGUAAUGGAUAUGGAGAUAAUGUCACUAGUGUCAGUAUUGUUGGCAUAAGAUGUAAGUAGUCUGUCCUGUUUAUCUGAUUACAGCAAUACAUUUUUAAAUUGUUUAUGGUUUGAUUUUAGACAGACACAAUGGUGUUAUGAUUCAUGUUUAACUGCAAAAUGACACAAUGGCACUGAAUUAGCAGAAUAUAGAGAAAAAGUAGUUACUAAUUCUCUCCUGUUGAGAUGUCAAUACAGUAUUUUUGUUAGAUUGUCUUAGUGCCAAGCAUAAAGGUGUCUGUCUCUGUGAAACAGUUUUGUUUUUUUCAGUAUUUAUGCACUUACUUUAACAGAGAUCAAAGCUAGCUUUGUUAUGUGGGCGGGAAUUAUUGGUCUACAAGCCUUCUUUUAAUGGCUAAUUGCAUGGAACAAUUUGAUGGCCAAACGAGUAGGGUUCGAAAAAUGUUCACUUCAGAACAUUCUUCAACUCAUAAAAAAGUCACCAGUUGAAGAUAUAAGAUGGUUAUAAAGAGAAAAAAACAAAUAAUUAAAUGAAUAAAAGUGGCAACUGGUAUUGAAAGUCUUAUUGCCAAAAGUCCAUUUUCAGUGGCUUUGGCAACCAGCCAGUCACAAUUUGAGAUGCUACUUUCUUUUUGAUUUGUAAUAUAAUGAUAAACUGAUUUGCAUGUUGUAGGUUACUGAGAGAGGCAAGUUUGCUGGGCACAAUAUUUUUCCUUCCCAGAUAAAAAUAUAAGGUGGGAUCCCACCUGGGAUUAUGGAACAUCCCGCAUGGGAUCCCACAUGGGAUCCCACCUGGGAUUAUGGAACAUCCCACAUGGAAUCCCACAUGGGAUCCCGCCUUGAAUUCCUUAUAGCAUCCCAACUGGGAAAGCACAUCCCGGGCAGGAUUAAACCUAGAAUCCCACCAAUCCCUCUUAGGAUCCUGCCUCAAAUUUCAGAUAGUUUCCCACCUGGGAAAUCAUAUCUAGUUUAGACCCUGCAUAAAAUUUCAGAUGGCUUCCCACUUUCAGAAAAAUCCUUUGCGGGAUCCUGUUUAACACUGGAGACCACAGAUUUAUGAAAUGUACCAGAUAGGAUAUCUUAUCAAUUCCUUUUGUAACCUAAUCCUUCAAAUUAAGAGGAUAAAAUUUUCUAGGUAAGCUAUAGACCCCAUCAAUCCACUGAGGGUCCAAAACUUUCCAACAAGCUAUAGAACAUACUGACACCUCCAAUGGGAUCCCAUUAUCUUACCCAAGCUGUUGAUCAUAAAUGUUUCAAACAGUACAUGAAUACACAGACUAUAUGUGAUAAAUAUAGCAACACGUUCCAACACAGCUAACCAUCUCGAUUCCUCAGUCGGUCUUUCCACUGAACUAUAGUAGUGGUGCCAAUAGAGUCAAGUGCGUCUCAUAACGGAGAAAACAUGUAGGUUGUGUCGCCCCAUUGCCUUGUCCCCCCAGGUUAUGUCGCCCCAACCGAAGUUACGUCGCCCCAACAUCGGAGUUGUGUCGCCCCAACAUAUUAGUUGUGUCGGCCCAUCAUCAAAAUUAUGUCGCCCCAUCGAAGUAAAGUAUUAACUUUAGCUGACUCGCUUGUCGUUCUUUCAAAAUGCACCUGUGUACUGCGAAGAUGAUAAAUCUACUUCGAACAUUUCGGCUUACUUCAGGAUUUUAUUUCAACAGUUUGAUGUAAAGCAUGCUUAAAAUGAAGUCAUGUAACAUUAACUAACUUUUCAUUCGUGUUUUUUAUAUCAAAAGGUGCUUUAGUACAGGAAAGGGCAAUCAAAAAACGUCACAAAACAAGCGUAAAGUUGGAGUGUCUCGACCGACCUCGACCGAUAGCGAUAGGAUUAUAGUACCCAGUUCCCCGCGCGCUGCUGAUAACAUUCUUUAUUGAUUACGUAGGUAAUUGUAUUCGUUUGUCCUUUAUGGCUGACCCGGGAAAUUCAGACAGAAAAGAACACAACAUUUACUUCCAACAUCACGUUUAUUAGUAACUAAGGACUAUUUUCCACUAACAACAGGUAUUUAUACUUAAUGCAUUUACUUUUGUUUAACACUUAAGAAUAAAAUAUCUUAGAUCCUAAUUUAAUUGUCUCUCUUUACGCCUUACUCGUAACAAUAGUCAACUUCUUACAAAUAACUACACUUAAAAUUUGUUCACUAGCGAAUUAAAAUCUUUUGUUGAACACUUAGGAAUAAGAUAUCUUUCAUCGUAAGGUUUUUUUUCUCUCUUUACGCCUUGCUCGCAACAAAAGUCAAAUUCUUACAAAUAGCUAGACUUAAAAUCUGUUCACUAGCGAAUUAAAAUAUUUUGCUUAACACUUAGAAUCAAAUAUCUCAGAUCCUAAUGUAUUGUUUUCUCUUAACGCCUUACUCUCUGCAAAACUCAAAUUCUUACAAUUAGCUAAAUCUUUGAUCCUAAUCUUAACGCCUUACUUACAAAGCAAAACUCGAACAAUGACGAAUUCUAUCACUUUCUAUAACUAACUUAACGCAUUGUUUUAAGCGCCUCUCGGCCCAACAAGUAAUGAACAAGCCUUGAGAAGUUGUCUCGCCGUCUUGUCGCCCUCUUCAUAUUGUCCCCACAGUGAAAAUACCUUAGCCUGGAUUUGACGAUAUCUGCGCCGCUGAACUCGUCGAAGUUUCUUUUCUGAGACCAUACGCACAUUCAGGGAAGUUAGUUUGGCUUCUUUGUAGAGCAGGUCGAUAAGUAAGUACAUGGGUAGCUGUCGAAGUACCUUCCAUACUGCACACUCGAAGUCUAGCGUGACUUGUCGUAGCGCUGGGGAUGGUAGCAGCUCUCGGAAAACAGCUCUGUAAUCACGCUUCCGUUUGCCCGACAUAAGGACAAACACCAACGGCACCUACUUGACGUAGUCAUCUGCCUUUACGAAGGCGUUGACUGUUAACAGCUGGGUAAACGGCUGACGGCACAGCUUAAAGGUCGCAUCCACGUACCAGCUUUUUGCUCUGUUGAGUAGGUCGAGUUGGUGUCGUGUCACGAAAAUCAAAUGACGGCGUCCACCAACCUAGUAAGAAAACGAAUGCCAUAAUUAACCUACUGUAAACUGCCGUAUAAUGAUUACAACACUGCUCCAGUCCGUUUAAAAGAUUUUGUGUUGUGAAACUGUAAAAACAAUAGAAAACGGGUGGUUUUCGAAAUAAUAACUAGGUUAAUCUAUUCAGCAAACGCAUGCCAUAAUUAAAUUACUGUAAGCUGCUGAAUAAUGAUCACAAUACUGUUCCAGUCCGUUUGAAAGAUUUGGUGUGGUGAUGUUAAGUUAAAAUCAAUUACUAACUGUUUCUCGAAUAACCUUUUAGUUUGUUGAAUAACUUAUUUAGUUUUGUAUGUGCUAAUAUAUAGUGUUAACAUUCAUUUUACUUACUCUAACAUCAUUCCUGAAGAAGUUGUCGGGGACGUGCGCCAGUUCCAACUCGAACUCAAGGUCACGCGGUUCUGUGGGGCGGAGUUUCUGACGAAGGCAGUUCGCGUUUCUGGCCAGAUGCGCUGGUUUCGAUAGACCCGGACAUGGAACAUCGGGAAGCUCUUCCAGUAGGACCUGGUUUACUAUGGCGGAUGCGGGUUUAAAGUACUCGACCUCUGCCUCCUCACGUACGCGGGACACAAUCUUCGCUGCAACCUCAGCGUCAACCUGCCCGUUGUGGUUGUGCUGCUGUCCGCCAGCGAUGAAUUGGCCACUACGUUUAAUAACAGUUGCUCUACAGGGGUUGAUCUAAUAAAACAAAAAAGAGAUAUAGAAUCAAUUAGAUGGCAAUUCAACAGAAACGUUAUUCGUUUUCUGUUCGUUUUAAGAAAAAAAGAUAUUUACCUUCGGCCGCACUGUGCACUGCCAAUGCGUAGCGCCAACACACUGCCUCUUAACGUUGUAUGUGUAGCCGUCGUUGUCGACCAGCUUUCGGUUCCUCUUCAACGUGGCAUCGUCAACGAUUGUGAAUGUAAGCUGAUGCGGCUGCUGGACAAUCUCGGGAGGGUCUGGGUCAUCAAGCGAUAGCUCUACCGCUACGGGGGACGCUGCAGUCGGUAACCCUGCAGAGGCAGAGAUGUAGGUGAAGGUGCUGUGGGUGACACUGACGUAGGUGAUGCUGUUGCUGGUGCUGGUGAUGGCGGAGGUGAGUCGGGGACUGCAACUGAGUCGUACUCUGGCUCAGAUGUCAACUCGGCGCAUGCAGCACACAGCCAGUCGAUUUCAACGCCGUUAAUCGAUCGAUGAAUAGAUUACAAACUUACUUCAUAAGCGAAGUUACUUUUUACAAGCCGCUCGCUCAAGUUACAUCGAGUUACAUCGUAAUAAUCUUACAAACUUUUCCUUCGAUCGAUCGAUAAAUCUUACAGCAGUGUUAUGUUUAUGUUAUAAGUCGAUCGUUCGCGUAAAUCGAUCGGAGAAUCUUACAAACUUUUACUUGAUAAGCGAAGUUACGCGUUUGGGCGACGCAACUUUGAUGUUGGGGCGACACAACUACGAUGUUGGGGCGACACAACUCCGAUGUUGGGGCGACGUUACUUCAGUUCGGGCGACGUAACCUGGGGCGACAAGGCAAUGGGGCGACACAACCUGACACCAACAUUUGCACGAGAGACAGAAGCAACUACAUGCGAUUACAGAGGUGCACUGGAAUUCUCGUCUACAAAUGGUUAUGCACAGUCCGAAGCGUUCCCGAGCUUGGAAAGGGGGUGGAGAGAACGAAGAUACAAGGUUGUCAUUUUAUAUUACAAGUAAAAUUUUAACAGGAACAAUUUUGUUUAUCGCUGACACAGAGAAGAACCACAGAGAAGAACAACAAGUAGACUUUAGAGCUGUAAUUAUUGAACUGUGACUUACACUUUUCAUUUGAAAGUAGGACUUGCACCAAAAAUAUAAAGUAAUAUUUUUUAGGAGGUCCAGUCAUUGGGACAUUUAAGAAAUUAAGUUACGAAAAGAAACUCGGUUUGUACUUCUCACUACUAAGAGUCUUGUUUUAAAAAUAUUUUCAGAUCAGAGUUUCAAAUAAAGCAAAUUGAAGAAGUCAUUUAAAAGGUGUAUUUUCUCGAAGGGAACAGUGACCACAUCUGUCUUGUCCGCAUGCCAAAUAUUUGCGGAGUGUAUUGAUUAUCCAUAAGUAUUGGAACUCUCACAAAAAUGUUUUGUGAGAAUAAAAACAGCAAAACAAUAUUUUCGUAGGUGGGAUAUGUAAAUCCUGACUAGGAUCCCAGGUAGAGUGCAUAAGUCCCGCCUAAACUCCCGGGUGGGAUGCAGAAAUCCCACCUAAGAUCCCGAGUGGGAUGCAGGAAUCCCGCAUUAAAUGCGGGAUCCCAGGUGGGAUCAAAUUUUCAUCCCAGGUGGGAAAGGUGGGAUCCCGCCAUUCCCACCUGGGAUCCUGGGUGGGGUUGCCGGGAUCCCGCCUACAUCCCGCAUGACAUUUUAGCUGGGUUACUCCUGCCUUUGCAUGAAGCCAAUGUUAAUUAAGUUGCAGUUUAAACCCAUCUCAAAGGGCGAACUGAAAAUCCAAUUGUUUUCUAUAUAUGACUAACCUUGAGGUCAAAGCGUGAAGUUCAGUGAAAAACAGCAAUUCCACCUGCUUUCAAAAAAUGCAAUAGUUUUUUUUUGGCAUGAAGAUUCUUUAUUGCCAGGGUGACCAUGCAAUAUGUUCAAUAUCCGCAAUGGUCAAUAAUGUUUGACUAAUAAUAUUGUUUAAUGCAUGCUAAUUUUUGUUCAUCACACUUUAGGUAAUGAUUGUUUAAUUAGGAGCGUUGGAAUAACAUUACAGAGUGAAGUUUGGACUUCAGCCUUUAAUAACAGAGAGUCAAUUGAGUUCAAAACAUUGGAGUCAAAGUUUUUAUCAGAAGUAAGUAUCCUAGUGUGGCAUUUAUUAAGGACAUUUGGUAACCAUAUCAGGAGGAGAAACCCCCCCUAUAUCUAUCUGUUCACAAUAGAGUGGUGAUUAGCAAAUUAUUGAUGUUUGAGUAUAAAAAGGUCUUGUUUUAUUCCUCUCUUCCAGUACUGGCUGACUUAUUAGCAUCCUUUUUAUCCAUUUAAGAUGUCCGCAAUAAUCUCUGUAGAUUCUUUUCAUAGUUCUGCUCUUCAUUCAGCAUUCAGUAAAGAGUUUUCCAUGACUAUGAGUUACACGGAUGUUUGAGUUACAACUGAGGAAAACAGACUUUUGAGUUGUAAUAAAUUACCCAACAAACCUGUGGGAACUAGUAAACUUGAUGCUCUUCUUUUAAGGCAAAGGCAGCUAACUUAAAACUAAAUUUAGACACUUGGAUUUCAAUUUUUUGGUUUCUUACGUUUGAUAGUUAAGUAAAAUGUGAGAAGAGAUACUGUUUUCAACUGCCACAAUAGGAUACCUGUACACUUUCAUUACUUCCAAAGCAGGGUCACAUGGAAUGAAUCUUUGAGUUUUUUGAUUUGAUUUUUCUCUUGUCCUCUAUUCAUGUCUGAUGACAUUCAUAGAUCAGAUCCCAAUAGCCUUGAAUUUAUUAUAGAUUAAAGGAGUAGGUUUACAUUAGAAAUUUGUAAAUUUUACUCAUAUAAUUGGAGAAGUGCCGUGAGCCUAAAACUAUAUACUUGUAUGAGCAGAUGAGAUCAAGGCUUUCUCGCUCUGCGUGAACAUUUGAAUUGUACAUUUAAGCAUUUUUAGCUUGUAAAAUGACUGUCGUUCUUAUAAUUGUUUAAGAUUUCUUCUGUUUACACAAAAAAUCCUGGAAAACAACUGUACACAGUGGGUCUUGUUGAUUUCAGGUAAGUGUCAAGAUUCAAAAGAGUGCCCAGUAUAGGCAUAUGUGAAGUAAUAUUUUUAGAAAAGGGAAGUGGCCCUCUGCUAUUAUUUCAGGAUUUAGUUACAGUAUAAAGUUGAUCGACAUAUGUUCAAACAUUUUUAGGUUAUAUCCAUCAUGUUUAGUUUUUGGAAAAUUAAUUUUCAGUAGAAUGACAUUAAUGGCCAAGAUAAAUAAGUAUUAACCAUUUGCUAUUAUGCAAAAAAACUUUUAAUGGUGAGUUUUUUCCUGGUUAUAGAUCUGGUAGUGUUGUUGCUGAAGUAGAGCUCAAGUUUGAAAAAUCUGUUCUUGAUCCUUUGAAACCACUGGAAGAUGAAAUCAAAGAUGGAAGUCUUGGGUCAUUCACAGUGAGCCGUGAACUUGAUUUGAAUCCAAGUAAGGCCUGUGCUACUUGACAACUAGAUUCUAUUUUGUCGUUGUGGGAAAUUACAAACUUACUUCAUAACCCUGUACUGUUUGUAGAUGAGCUAUUGUCAAAACUAGGGAGGGUUUUCAAGCUAAAUACGUUACACACAUUCAAGUGUAUAUAGAAUGUUUUAUUAUAUUAUUCGCAUGGAUGCAUAUAUUUUCUUCGAGUGUUGAGAAUUUUUUUUCGCAUGCUCGGCUUGCUCGCUUGUGAGAGACGUCAUUAAGGGUAUGGUGAGGCCUUAAACUAGUUUCCUUUUCCCUGUUCUUCUCCAACAGGCUUCACUUAUUUCAAGGAUAUCUAUGUUGUAGUUUUCAGCCUCUUGCCCAUCCCUCCUCUGUCCAGGCUUGGACCGGCAUAGGCCGAGUUAAUGUACAGUAGUUAUCAGUGACCCACAUUUAUGUCCGAGUGAAAUUCACUUACAUAGUCACUGAGGUUACAGAAGAACUACUUUGACUUCUGAAACAAUACAUUUGUCAAGGUGUGGUGCGAACACUAUUCUUACAAAGAAAAAUUGAGUUCAAUCUUGCUAAUGUUCUUAGAAAAAAAUGUGGAAAAGUUAUCAUUAUUAUUUCCAUGACGAAAUUGGUAACCUCUCAUGUGACAAUAUCAUUGAUACUUUUACUGUAAGCGUUGAAGAUAUCUUGUAUUUGCUACAAGAGAAAUUCUAAAAUUUCAUCAAUAUCUCUAAGAUAAAUAAUUAUUUUUCAUGUGGUUGCUUUCUCUCUAAAAUGCCAAUUUGUGUAUAUUCAAUACUUUUCCCUUAUCUACCCGCGUAAAGAGAGUAGCGUAAAGAUGCGAGACAAAACUUUUUAUUCUGUUUUCUAAGCUGCAAGUGCCUUAAGCAACUGUUUUUGCCUUUGCGGAAAUUUUUUUUUUAUUUCAAGAAAUUAUAAUCUCGUAGUUCAAUAUUUUAUUGGGUUUCAUAAAAAUUUGUCUAAUCAUUGCUUAUUCUUUUGCAGCUUCGGUUCCCUUUACAAACUUUACAGCCACAGGUGAGAGACAAAAUCCCAUCUAUUUUCUAAUCAAUGAACUCAGUGAUUAUAACCGUCGAUUUUCUUUUUUUCUUGACAUUUUUCCAAAAGGGUCUGCAAAUAAUUCUGUUCUUUAUUGUCGAAUUAUUUUUUGGUGUUAUUUUCACCCACUUCGCAUAAAUGUAAAUUUUAUCUUUCAUUUGUAAUAAUAUCUAUCGAUGUUUGGCUUUGCUACUCAAGAGAAACAUUAUCAACAAAUCGAAUCCAUAAAUACGCUUGUGACGUCUUGCUUACCAUGUAGAUAUUAGUAACUUAAAUAUUUAUCAGACUGAAUGCAGAGAUCACUUACACGUUAGCUGAGGUUGCAGAAUAGCUACUUCAACUUACGACAUAAAACAUAUUAAAACAAGUAUUCGCCCAAGAGAACUUCUGGUAUUUCUAUUUAUUUAACAUGCCAAUACUUGUUUAGGCACAUGUAUAUGUAUCCUUAAUAUAGUGUGCUGCAAAUGUACAUGAAAAACUCGUUUAUUGUUUUCUGUUUUCUAAGUUAAACUACCUUUACGAAAAUUGUUUACUUUAUGCUGAAGAUAUAAUUAUUACAAGAAAUACUAAUCUCGUAAUUUAAUAAUACUUUAUCCUUUGUGCCUUGCAAAUAUGUUUAGUGAUUGCAUAGUUUUUUUCCAGCUGGCACCUUCACAAACGUUACGUCAACAGGUGAGAGAAAACUUUUUAUUUUGAAAUUAACUAACUUUUAAACCGUUAGAAAUGGCGUGCUUACAACAGAAAUUAUGGUAUUCAUCAAUAUCUUUAUUAUAAAUCGCUAUUUCUCAUGCGCGUAACCUUUAUUUUGACGUACCAAUACUUGCCUAAAUACAUGUAUAUUCAAUAAGUGUUUCCAUCUGUACCCUUAACAAAGGGCACUGUGAAAGUGCCAGACAAACUCGUGUCUUUUGUCCUCUUUUCUCAGAUGAAGCUACCCUCACCACAGCUGUUUGCUUCUUGCCAAAGCUAUGGUCUCUUAAAGAACUUCUUAUCUCGUGAUUUAAUUUGUUGUUUCCUUUGUACUAUGCAAAUAUCUCUGAUGAUUGCUUUCUCUUUUCCAUCCCUUUGUAAGCAUUACGGUCACAGGAGAGAAGCAAUUCAAAUCAAUUAAAAUUUUAGUUGUAAAAAUCGUCGUUUUUCAAUUUUACUUGAAACAUUGUCGCGCUUUGUGUUCAGCAGAUAGCUUCCAUUAUUGGAUCAUGCCUCUACCGGUUUCCAACUCAAGAUAAAAGAGGCUAUUCAUAUUAAAAAAACACAACCAUCCUUGAAUCAACAAUUACACCAUAUAAAUCUCAAACUAUCCUUCAUGCUUUACCUCUUUACCGUCACCAUUUAUCAUAAUUAGCAUUGUUCUACUUACUACAUAAAUUCAACUCCAACGCUUUGUACAUUAAUUAACUGAAGAUGAUAGAAGUUUCUGUCGAAACAUGUAUUACAGACUUAAAAGUUUUGUCGCUUUCUUUAAAUACUUGAAGCAACUUUUCACGAAAGCGUUUGUUAAUAAUCUCAUCUUUUUUGUGUUGUUUAAUUAAUUUUUAAUGCCUAAACAUUUAUUAUUCCUUUCCAGCUGUUCCCUUAACAAGCAGUGCGGCAUCAGGUGAGAGGGAAUUUCCUUUACUUUCAAAGUCUCUAACUUUGCAAUUGUACCCGAAACAAGAUUUUCCAAAGGACUUGUGAUAUGAGUUUUGCUCUCAAUUGGUCCACCCUACCUUUUACAAAAACCUGCGACACGCGCAGCGAAGUAACGGAAAAGUUGAUGAUUAUUAUUUUUCUCAGUAUCAAAGUAUGGUAUGGUUUGAAGGCAACAGUCUAUGACCAGUGUUUUUGCGAGCGAUCUAAGAAAAUUGGGUCUGACAAAGGAGAAUAUUUAUCCACGAGUGUCAUGACAAUUAGAGUUUUUUCUUCGCCAUUAAGAGUGGAAAGAAGUGAACAGAAGUGGUCAAGUUUGGCCAAAAAAUACUUUUCUAGUGAUCAAGAGAUUCUCUUGGGUGAGAUUAAAAAUUCGCUGCGGUCCAAGAUAAAGUUGAAAUUAACUCAAAAGACCAAUCUUUGAAAAAAAAAAAAAAAGACAUAUUAUAACAAAAAGAUUCUGGGUUACUCCAUCACCCUUCUGAAUGUACGUAGGAUAAGGGCCUCUAUAAAGCGUUGUAUUAUUGUGGCCAUGUAAUGGUUAGUAUGGCUAGCUAUGAAUGUUUGCACACGUGUUGGUUUUUCUCAAGGUGCAGAUCAAAGUGACGAUCGGAAAAAGCAAACUAUGCUUCACGCCAUUUACUCGAUAACAAUAUUUCUACUUUUGGUGAUUAUCAUUGUGUUAGUGCUUGUCGUUUGGAGAGGGAAGAAUAGGCAAGGUGAGAUACCUGAUCUAAUUUUCUCUUUUACUUCUGCCGUAAUCCCUAUUUGUCAGUAUGAAAGCCAAUCGUAAGAAAGUGUUGGAAAAUUAUUCAAAAAUUAAAGUUGAAAGGGGAGUCCACCCUGCUUUCUGGUUUCCGACCAGUGGCAAAAUCUGCUCUGAAGAUUACGAUAAAAAAUAUUUUGGGUCGCGCUCUCGGCAUUUCUGCAAAUUGCGUCACUGUGGAAGGAAUAAAGACUUUCAAUACAGCAGUCAAACACUGUGCAUCCGCAAGAGUCUGAAAAUGCUACGGUGGACGUCCAAACGCGUGUCUAUCGUAAAGUGAGGAAGAAAAGGUUAAAUUUGUAACUCAAUACGUAAAACAAGUGAAAAAAGGAUUUGGAGAAAGUUCUAAUCUUGUUAUCUUGUUCUUGCUUCAUUGUGAAAAAUCCCAACUGUUUUGAGCGCGGACGCUUCGUUUUGGGGCGGGAGGCAUAGGACAGAACCUCUCUCUACCUUUGCAGUUCUUCCUAGUCUACUGUCCGCGAUAAACGUAGGUCGUUUAUCGUCGCGAAUAUCUUGUGUGGUUCUGUUUCUUCCUUUUUUCACUCAUUUCCCCGGUGUUUACCAGUACAUCGUGAACACGACAAACAACAACUACUGCAGCACGGCCGAGCUUUUGGGCGAAUUCAUCACUCCACCGUGCUAAGUGUUUAAAAAGUGUGCGAGUGUGAACCAGCUCAAAGUGCUGGAGAAAGUCUGGAAACACAACGCAUUUAAGUCUUGGCUUAAGGAAUUUCGAAAUUUCCUUGUAAACUGCAUAAAUAUACGUCGCACUCGAUAUAAAAGCCGUAUUGAUAGCCACUGUUUGACCGCAGUGAUCAGAUAUUUUCGGUUUCCACCUUGAGAGAAAUUUUUUCUUUUCUUUUUUUUUUUUGAGACUUUCAGCCUAGGAGAGUGACGCUGCCGUUGAUCAACCAUGAUUCUUAAAAGCUAGGCUAUUUUAAAGUUACCUUUUUUGGUAGAAUAAACCUGCAAUGUUAGCUACGGAAACCAUGUAGAACCACAUCAAAGAGCUUCCUCCGAAUGGUUCCGACAAAUUUCAUUGAAGCAAUUUUUUUAUCUUAAGUUUCGUUUCUUUCCACGUUGUUUUGCCUUUUAGAUCAAUUUUUUCGUUGGCAGUAAAAUAAUACAGUCAACUCUCCGUUAACGGACACUCGUUUUGGAUAAAUUUUGAACACUGUACAUUUGUUUCGUAGGUCCUUCGACUGAAAAUGCGAGGUAGGUACAGGUAGUAUUCUGUUUGUAUCAUGGUGUUUGUAUUUUCGAGAUACAGUCAUAUAUUUGAAACAUUUUACUGAGCAUGCUUCCUGACGGAGAGAGCUCAUUAGAUAAUUUUAAACAGCGCGGAAGGUUGGAUUUGAGUAAAAAAGUUAACGUUUUUGCGCAGAAAUUUGAAAUUGAAUUGGUUUAUUGUUUGUUGUGAACAAGAAGUAGAGAACAAUACAUGGUUGCUUGUAGAUAUGGAAUUUCUCUUCUCGUGUUCAACUCGACAUCUCACUCGUUCGCUGCACUCACUCGUGAGUUAUCGAGUUAAACACUCGAAGAGAAAUUCCAUAUCUAUACGCGCCCAUGCCGACUUCAUUAAUGAAUGAAAAUAAAUGAAUCGACAAUCCCCAAAUAACAAUCGUAGAGUGCGUUGGCGCUAACUCUUAAGAUGGAAAAAUGCGUCGAAUUAAGAUCACGAAAACAACAACAGUCGUAAUUUCCAAUUUACAAAAUUCUCAUUCAUUGACUUUGUUCUUACCGACAGAAGAAGUCUUUCAUGUAAACGGCCAAAAUCGGCCAGUGGCAAAUCUUCCAUUUGUCGAUUUUCAUUCUCAGCCGAGAGAAAUGCCAACACCAAAGCCACCGAAUACGUAAUUUUCGGUUUUUCUUUUAGUAUAUUGGUUUUUUUCUCCUUCUAGAAGUUUGAACCUCAUUGUCUGUCAGCGAUACGGAUUUUUUAAUAAACAACUUGUAUUGAGAAUCGUGAAGGCUUUGCCUUUCAUUCAUCAACCUGACCGAGUGACGCCAAAGGCAAGUGACGAGUCAGCAGCUGAUUGGCUAUAUCAACACGUGAAAAAAUACGAUAUUUUUUCACGUGUGUUGUUUCGGCUUUUCUCAGGGCCGGAAAUCCCUCUAUAACACCGCAGUUUAUGUGAUAAAUCAGAUUCUGCCAUAAAGUUUUCAGGGAGCAUGUGCAAUAUUUUCAGUAUUUGAAAAUGUAUACUCUUAAAUAAGGUGUGUUUCAAUAGCACACCUUGUGAGUUCUCUAACACAUCAAGGUGUGAUGUGGUGACACACCUCUUCACUGUUUUAUUUCACGGUUCAAGAAAACACACCAAUGUGUGUAAAGAAACACAGGCGGUGUGUAACAAUUACGCACCUUGAGAUCAGUUUUGCAACACACCAUAAAUUAACGAGAUGCAAAUGUUCUUCAGUUUGAGAAAUCUGCCAGAGCCAUCAUAACACAAAAAAAGGUGCGUUGCAGUAACAUCUUCUGUUUGAUGCGAAGCUCUUCUUUAGGAUAUGUUUUUACAGUGGAAAUCGCUCACUCGACUUCUGUCAGGUUGAACUUCCUGGCUAACUCGAAUUGAAAGUAAUUUACAUCGAGGUACAUUUUUCACUUAGUUACUAUCGAUGGACUUGAUUGCCUUGUUAUCUCGCUUCGCGUUGUUUUCAUUACGGCUAAAAUUAAUUUUUCAAGUUCGUUUGGGUUUUUUGGCCCUUUAUUUUGAUUUGCGCUGGGUAUUAUUAUUUCUUCUAAGAAAAAAACGACUCCGCAUCAAGUUCUUCCACUAUGCUGCCCAUAGUUAUAUACACUAUGUUCAAUCUUUUUUUUUUUUUUUUCAGUUGCAGUUAUCAUCAGGUAAAUGCUAUGGAUAAUCAGGUAAAUAUGGAGAAUACUCGAUGGAAAGAGAUGAAGUCUUCAAGGGACUUGUUGUUAUUAGACUUCGUGAUCACUUGUUGUCAAGUGUUUCGUUACAAUCACCGCUGCAUUUGGUUUUGGUUAUUUGUUUUCACUUCGCUUUUAGGAUCAAGGAAACCCAGUUCAAGCCAGUGAAGCAUACGUGAAUAUCUCCGGAAACGAGGAAACGUUAGUUAUUCAAUCGUCGCCAUCAAGAAACGCAGUACCAAGCAGAAGACAUCAAAUGAACUCUGAGUAUAUGUCCAUUAAGAGAAUAACAACAAAGUUCAAGAAAUGGGAAGUAAAACGGGAAAAUGUUCAAAUCUCGAGAGUUAUUGGAAAGGGUGCUUUCUGUCAGGUUGCUAAGGCAACCGUAUCAGAUAUUAAUGGAAUAAAGGGAGCAACAACUGUGGCAGUUAAGAUGCUGAAAGGUAUGUUGCGGAGACAAGUAGUCAGAGCCUAUUUUUUAAAUCGUGAUUACUGGACAGAUUAUCAAUAAAUCAAUAAUUUUACUAGGAAAAAAGCGAACUUGGCCAAACAUACAAGGCAAAGUGGCUCUUUCUUAUAUUGGAAUAGUUUGUUGAGUACUUCAAGAGUGGUAUUCCCCGUUCGUAUGAGAACAUUUUGUUUGAGCACAUAGUAUUCUAUGCAACUACAGCAAGUCUCAAACGUGAAAAUGAAUCAGUAGAAGAGACGUCAUCUGGCUUAACUUUUAUACACCACCUCACAUGCUUAUGUGUGAUGGCAAUGUUUUUAAUUUUCUAUAUUUUUGGUAGAAAAUGCCCCGGAUAAUGACAGGAAAGAUCUGCUGUCAGAGCUGGAUUUGAUGAAGAAACUAAGGCCUCAUCCUCAUGUCAUUAAACUGAUGGGAUGCGUCACUAAAACUGGUAAAAUAGGAAGGAUAUUGGUAAUACUUCAUCGUUUAUUCAGUCAAAUCUGAAUUUUAAUUAAGUUUCAUGUUAAAACAAAGGGUUGUUUUGCAGAUCCUUUGCUUGUUCUCAUUGAAUACAUACCUUACGGUGAUCUGUUGGGUUACCUAAGAAAGAGUCGCGGCCUAAAUGACACAUACUUUAAAGAUCCGGAUGUUAAACCUGAGACCAACCUGACUUCAGAACAACUGAUGCAAUUUUCCCUGCAGAUUGCUGAUGGAAUGAACUUCCUUUCUGCUAACAAGGUAUUCACGAAACGUGUGUCAGUGUAGCACCUUGUUUUCCAUUCUGAUAAAGUGUUAGGUCACAGCAAAAAGUUGCUCGGAAAGGUGGUUGGAAAGGUAGAGAGUGACCUCUCCGAUGCUAAUGAAUCACAAUCUCUCGGAUUAUGGCGAAAUUACCUGGUUUAUCACGUUUUAGAGCUGAUUUAUUGUGCACAAUAAUAACCCAGACGGGCAUGUACAUAUUUCACUCCCCACUCCCCACUCCCCACUCCCCCCUCCCCCAGUCCAAAAAAAGGGAAAAACAACUUUUAAAGAAAAUGUUAUUCCUUUCGUCGUAAGAGUGAGACUGAGAAUGAAAUCCAAUUCCUCUACACCAUUGCAUCUAAUGUAUGGAGUUAGAUCGGAGCUGUAUAGUUCGGAUAUCCUUUCCUCUGAACCCCUUCGUCAUUUCGUCCGAAGUUUCUGUUUCACGUGCUAUCUUCGUGGCGUGUUUAACGUCGCUUCUUGAGUCGCUCUACAUUUCGUGGCGUCGAAAAGUAAUUCGUAUCGUAGCAGUCCCUGCUUGUAACCAGUGGUAAGCACGUUUUUAAUCGUCAUGUUGUGUAUCGUCUCUUUCUGUGAAAAUGUCCUUCAGCACGCUGAGUUCUUCAACUAACUUCGAUUCUUUUUUUAAGAAUGCCAUUUCUAAUGAUACUCGAACGCUGGAAAGUGUGCUGUCUCGGUAACGACAGCCAUGAAAUUGAUUAUGCUUUGUACCAGGUGGAUCAUUUUCUAACGUUGUGCAUUCAAUGUUAAAUCGUUUGGAAAGGUACUUACGUUGCUUGCAUGAUGUAUUUUUGCCUUGAAUAUACUUACAACUAUCCUUGUUUCAAGAUGGCUUUGACAACCUUCCUCUCAGAUUUGAAUCAAAACUUGACACCUGUUGAGAGGGGACAAUGAAGUUCCAGAAAUCCCAUGCCCCUUGUUUAGAGAGUCGUUCAAUCUUUUUUUAAUCUCUAGUUAGCCCACUUGAUCAAUCUGAUUUUCAUGGAACAGACCUUUACAUCAAAGUUGUAGAGAUUAUCCAUGGCUUGGUUUUACAAGAUCGAGUAAAAUAACAGAAUUUCUGCUCGCUGACAAGAGUUCGAACUGUAAGAGUUAUUAAGCUAGAAAACAGAAAACAUUUUGGAGAUAAAAUAAUGCAAGCAACUAAUUAAGCUAUGUGUAUUCACUAGUGAGGAUAAAAGGUGGAAUGAAUAUAUGAAAUUGUAAAAUUUAUAACUAGUAUAGUAUCACAACCUAGCUGAACAGAACGAAAUAAAAGUAACAAUGUAACUAGUUUCAUUAAUAGUUAACUGUUCUAGAAUUCUCCACAAUGCAUGCUUGGUGGGGUCCAAAAUCUACAUGGCCUCUGAAACUGGUUUAAUUUCAACAAUCAGGCCGAUGAAUAUAUAUAUAUUUUUUCAUCGUAUGUGAGGAGAGAUCGUUGUGGUGGUCUCUAAAUAUUAAUUUCAUAACUUGAAAAAUACAGCAGUGAUGUGUACCUCCUAUUCACAGGUCAAGAACACGCAAAAUUUGAACAACAAACAAGGCAGUUUUAAAGCCUUCUGUAACAUUAAUAUGUUGUUUUGAAUACCUCCAUCUGUUGUAUCCAAUGAAACAAAGCCUAGGCAUUACCAAACCAAAACACUCCUUUACCAUUAAGAUACGAGCCUCGGUCAUUGAUGCAAGGGAGUUGAUAUGAUGAGGUAAACCCAAAUGCAAGUCACAAGUUAAAGCGCUUGGCCGACAUCUGCAGUUUUUUGGAUAUCCAAAAACAAAGUGGAAGCCAAGGGCUGGCUUUUGCUGACAACCGGUGAUGAAUUUUAAGAUAUCCUUAAUGGAAAGUUAGAAGUUGACAUAAAGGAAUUUCUGAAUAUACAGUAUGAACUGUACAUUAAGAUUUUCUUAAGUUGAGUUGCGUUACACUGCAAUUGAAAAAAAGCCUUAUGCUCAAGCCAGAAGUUGUUUUUAGAAUCAUUUAGUUGAUUCACACAAAUACUCAAAAGAGGAAAGCAAAAAGGCAUUCUUCAAUUAACGUUAGCUGAAUGAGAACUCAGAGUGCUGAAUGAAAUUUUCCCAGAAAGAGACGAUAUAUAACGCACGAUUAAAAACGUGCUUACCGUUGACUGUUACGGCACGCAUUACGUUUGACGACACGAAAUGUGGAGUGACUUAAGAAGUGACGUUAGACACGCCAUGAAGAUAGCACGUGAAACAGAAAAUUCUUCCGACGAUAUGAAGAGGGGUUUGGAGGACAGGAAAUGAGAAAUAUAUAGCUCCACGUAGUAUGACUCGACGAUACGAACAAAGGAUACCAAAUUUUGACCUCGAUCUGACUCCACGCUGGCAAACUACCGACCCAUAGAGAGCUCUUUGGUGAACAAGUUAAGUUCAUUUAUGACAGCGUUCCGCAUACUAUUAGGAUCAGUCAUGUUAAAAGUGUCGUGUGAAAGUAAAUUUAAUGGGAAAGAUGGUAAAUUUCCAGCUCUACCGUCGACUAGAGAAAGUCUUUGGUUUUUGACAAUUGGAUGACCGAACUCAGAACGUACCGAUUUUCCUGUUCUGAGUGGUUCCAUUUUUUAUAUUACUUUACAUCCAUGUGUCAGAUCAUCCACCGUGACUUAGCGGCCAGAAAUGUUCUUGUUGGUGAAGGAGAGAAGUGUAAGGUGACAGACUUUGGAAUGGCGAGGAAUGUUAACCAGGAUGAUAUCUACAACAAAACAAGUCGGGUAGGAAACUGAGUUAUUCCCUUUUCUCUUUUAACUCGCCUCCAUUUUGAAGAGUGUUUUUCGCUCUUACAUUAAUCUGUACUUAGGAUGUCGUACUUUGCAAAGUUCACCAAUUCUUGUCUGAAUGAAGGAAGAAAUCGAUGUGAAUUUAAUAUUUCCGUUGCGUAAUUUGAACAGGGCCGUCUGCCAGUAAAAUGGACCGCUUAUGAGGGUUUAGUUUAUGGAAAAUACACAACACAAAGUGAUGUGUAAGUAUUCCCCCCUUUAAGAUACUCUAAACAUAGCCAUCUGGGUAUGACUCAACUCCAGGUCCGGAUUUUGGUCAUUCUUAUUUCUAAGAAGUCCUACAAUGCACGCAGAUUCAAAUAUCUUUUUUAUUUUCACUUCCACUUUCAUUUUGUCACAAAGAUUUCGCUAAGGUGAAGUUAAGAUUAGCACUUAGGUUUGACUCGAGCAAACGUCCACCACAAACGGGAUCACAAAGAUUUUAUGCUGUAUUCCGAAAGGAAAUGAGCUCAAAGUUACUGGUAUCCCUUUAACCAUCGCAAGCAUACCUCUUACUAGCUUAGUUCUUCUUCCUGUUUAGCUUCCCAGAUAAUGCGUUUUUUGGUCGUCAUUUGAAUCUCCUGCUUUUUAAGAAAUGAUGAUCAGCAGGGAGCUUGAAUUUUCUGCGUAGUAACAAAAAGCUAUACUUUGCUGGAACUCAAGUUGAUAGCCAAGCUGGUUGCUCAUUCUUGAACCAUGUUUAAACAAUAAUGUAUAAAGACUUAACCUCUUUCUUAUAUUGAUUUAUUCAUAUUUAUUUUUAAAGACUUCAGGCUACGUGCAUAAUCCCAUCAUAGAUCUUGGCCGAUGAUGUCGGGGCCACUGAUUAAAAUAAAUCUAUUUUCCAAGCAGCGAGAAAGUUAAAAUCGCGAAUUAUCAUGUUUUACUUGACUCAGAUUGCUUCGCUGCCUCAUGCACUUCAUUGGUUUUUCCUUUUCUGUUAUUUGCAGGUGGAGUUUCGGUGUUGUUCUGUACGAAAUAUUUACUGUAGGUACGUCUGAACAGUUUUAAUAGUUAAAACAAAGCACUAUUUUGUAUGGACUGGGGAAGAAGGGACUGAAUUGCCGCAGUUUUUAAGUAAGUUUUGACGAGGAUGAUAUAGUGAGGUUUGUGCUAAGACAAUGAGUCCUGGAAUAUCAAGAAAGUUACGUGUGUGAAUAUUAUUCUUGCCUCAUUACUUCAGUUUAAGCGUUCAUUUUAUGUCCAUAGGUGGAUCUCCUUACCCCGCGAUUAACGCUCGCGAAAUUGCAGAGAAACUUCAGCAAGGAUACAGAAUGCCAAAACCUAAACAUGUUGAUGAACAGCUGUAA